UCAACUCUGAAAGUUUUACAUUAUUUCACCUCUACUUCACUGUGAUUAUUAUUUACUUUUUUAGGAAGGGUAAUGGGCAUUCCUUACAAAAUAUAUUGUGCUACAUAGUGUUUAUUUAAAUGGGAAUCUUUGUACAGAUCUUUUAUAAAUUAAUAAAUUAAAACAUUUCUCGCGUGUUGAUGAAUAUCAAAUAAAUAAGUUUUUAUUUACGUAACGCAUAAACACCAUCAUGGCCACCAAUGACCCAAGUGUAAACAGUUUUCCAUCAGCCCCAAAUGAUUUGCCCCCUCCAUAUUCAGCCGUUGUAGGUAAUCCAACUUAUGGCUUUGUAGCACCUACGGGGAAUAGUUACACUCCCACCAGCGCUGAACCUCCUAAAUAUUUCACGCCUCCUGGCGUAUAUCCCCAUCCUUCCCCUAACACUGUCAACAUUGCUCAGCCUCAUGCGAGAGAUAUGCCUACAUCUUCAAAUAUGGCAGUUCCUGUCGGGGUGGUCUUACCAACUGUUGCUGUAGGAUCUGAACCAACAACAGUUACUUGUUAUAAUUGUGGAAAAGUAGUUACCACUCGAGUGACCUAUACCACUGCUUGGCAUACACACUUGGUUGCUGGUUCAUUAUGCAUCAUCACUAUGGCCUGUUCUUUAUGCUGUCUUGGGCUGGUCCCAUAUUGCUUUGACACAUUCAAGGAUGCAGAGCAUUACUGCCCAAACUGCAGUACCUUUAUUGGAAAAAGCAAUAAGUGUUAAUGACAAAUUUCUUGUUUUAUAUUAAAUGUAUGGAUUAACACAAAUUACAAUAUUAUAAGUAAACAGUAGCCAAGAGACAAAGUUUGUGCCAUGUAAAUAUUAAACAUGUAAUGUCCUUAAUUCUAGGCCGCUGCAAUUGUUGAGAGAUCCUUACACAAUUGAGAGUAAGUAAUAAGAGAAUGGAUCACUAUACCAUGUACACCAUUCUUCAAUUGGUUUUGUGAUGUUUAAGCAAGUAUGUUGUAAAACUGGCAUUAUAUAUUGGACCCAUAUUUUUUUCCAUUGUGAACUAAAAUGUAUAUCAUAACUAAAUACAUUUUGUAGCUAUUUGAAUUUCA